AUGUCAUCGAUAAUCGUACCAAUUGGAUACAGCGGGAGUAGCUGCGGGUAUUGCGGGGGAGACGGGCAACGGAGUGAGAAGGAGGAGAACUACAGCUAUGGAUUCUGGGCGGUGCAGAUGGCGUGUGAGGACUACAGACAGCUUAUCGAUAGCGGGUGGCGCAGGAGUGGUGGAUAUAUCUACAACCCAGACAGAUCACGCACGUGCUGCCCCCAAUACACAAUUAAACUCGACGCAGCAGCGUUCAAACCACAGCGAUCUCUCAGGCAGGAGCUGCACAGGUUUAAUAGGUGGAUAAGAUUUGGCGGUGAUUUGCAGGGUGGAGACACCGCAGCAGCCACAACAACACCCACAGCAGCACCCAAAGACAAACACAAAGGCAAAAAUAAGACAUUUGACUUGCUUGAAUGUGUAAAGGAGUCCCAGCAUGACAACCACGCCAACCACAACCUAGAAGUUUCUCUAGAGAGGGCUGGCUACACCGACGAAAAAUUUGAGCUGUUCAAGGCUUACCAGGUGUCUAUACAUCACGAGACAAUAUCCGAGCAGCGUAAGGAUUCUUUCAAAAGGUUCCUAGUCGAUGGCCCACUCAAAUACUCACCUAUCACCUACAAACACGGCAGACCAGUGAGCAUGCCUUCGCACUACGGUCAAUACCAUCACGUGUACCGGGUCGAUGGUAAACUGAUAGCUAUGGGUGUUUUGGAUAUCCUCCCCGAGUGUGUCUCAUCCGUUUAUCUCAUGUACCAUCCUGGGUACCAAUCACUCAAUCUUGGCAAAAUCAGCGCGUUAUUUGAAGUCGCACUGGCACUCGAAAUGCGCAAUGCAGGCGCAGGUGCUGUGGAUCUGUACAUGGGCUACUAUAUCCACGACUGCGUGAAAAUGAAAUACAAGGCCACGUAUCAGCCUUCGUAUCUCCUAGACGCUGAAUCUAACACCUUCUAUCCAUUUACACAAGCAGCUGCGAUUCUAGACAAACAUAAAAACGCAUCCUUUGAGCGCGGCGUGAGUAUUAAAGUGGAUGGAGGUAGUACUCCGGGCGAAACACACAGUGUGACAGAUAGUGACGAUGGCAGCUACUCUGAAGACGACGAUAACUUGCCUUCUCCACCUCCAGCUGGUUUCCUCAAUCCUCGCGCUCUACCUAAGCAACUCCUCAAUCAAAUCAAAAUACUCGAUAACCGCUCAAUGCGUCUACUCACUUACUUCACCUUACCACACUCUUAUAGAUCUCAAGUGGACGAUCUAGUGGCUGCAUUGGGUGACAAGUCACCUAAUUUCGUCAUCUUGAUAACGUAG